AUUAUUUGUUUACGUGUCAUUCGACAAGAGAUCUCGGCGGAGAGAGAAACAUUCCUCUUCUCCUAGUCGUCAUAGAUGAUUUAGGGUAAGUGUGAAUAACCUUAACCCAAAUAACCAAUUCGUGAUUCGUUCUUAUCAGUUCUAACCUAUCAAUUGUAUAACCUGAUCGAAACCAUCUUUACCAUUUCUGAUAUUUUAUCUUUUUUUUUCUAUUGUCUAUCGCUAUUUGAGUUAGGUUUUAUUUUCAGUUCCAUGAUUAAAACUGUUAUGGAUUAGACAUGGGGAACGGAUUAUCCCGAGAUAAUCCGCGACUAGUAAUACUCGGCUUGGACUCAGCUGGGAAAUCUACUGUUUUAUACCGCUUAAAAUUUGACCAAUACGUUGACAAUGUUCCAACUGUAGGAUUUAAUCUAGAAAAGAUUCGUAGUUCUGCAGGACGGUCCAAGGGUACCGUCUUCCAAGUUUGGGAUGUAGGUGGUCAAGAAAAAACAAGAUCAUUAUGGAAAAGUUAUAGCCGGUCGGCAGACGGUGUUCUUUUUGUUGUCGAUUCUGCAGAUGAAGAAAGAUUGGAGGAGGCUAGGAUGGAACUACAUAGAUUUGCUAAUUUAAAGGAAUCUUUAGCCGUCCCAAUAAUGGUGCUAGCUAAUAAACAGGAUUUACCAUCGGCGUUAAGCGCUGACCAAGUGGGAGAAAAAUUGAAUCUUAAUAGACUUCCUCAAUCAAAGAUCUGCGAUAUACUAGAAAUAUGUGCUGUUACAGGCGAUGGACUAGAAUCUGUGUUUGAUGGUAUUUUGGAACUAGUAACUAAGAGACGUAGGCAAUUGAAGCAGAAAAAAGAUAAAUCGUUUACGACGCUUUUUAGAUAGUAUUGAGGCUGUUUUUUCCCUUCUCCCGACCACUACCUGACCUAGGGGUUAUGUCCGGCACUAGUCACGUGGGUUUUACAUACCCUUUAGCCGGCAGUUAUCUUCCUCAUCUUAUUAUUGCUACUGCUUUUAUUUUUAAAACCAAAGUUCAAGGGAGAUGACUGAAAACGUGCCAAUUAUUUAUUCUCGUUUUUACUAUAUAGGAUUAGAUCUUUUAAUAAGUUGUACAAUUUUAAAAAUCUCAAUGUAUUUAAUAGUCAAAAGUUUUUAUGCUUGUUGUUUUCUUUUCUUUUUCUUCUCUCUCUCUCUCUCCAUAUAUAUAUUAGUAUGUAUAUAUAUGGCGAACUUCCUACCCCCUUCCCUUCUUUCAGUUGUAUUUUCUUUCACCUUUCUCUAUUGCAUACCUCCCCUCCCCGCCUCCCCCUCUAUAUAUACUUUUUCUAACCCCUUUUUUCAACUUCUCCCAAUAACGCUUCUUUUACUCUUUAACUGAUUUGUUAGAGGCGCGUCAAGUCGCGCUCUAAUUCUUAUAAUCAAAAAAAGAGUGUAAUUAAGUGAAUUGAUACAAGUCUUGGGGUCAGGAAGUGGUCAGCGAUCUUCCCAUUUUAAAAAUUAGAAUAUGUAUAAAAUUUCCCUCCACUUUCUAUGCUUAAGCUUUGAAAUGAUACCAUCUCGGUUUCCUUUUUUCUUUUGAUGGUUGCGUAAUAAGUUUCUAAGAAAGGCGUUUUUUUUUUAUUUAUUUUAAAUAAAAGAGAAGUUUGGGAAGAAUAAAGAACAAUAAGAAAGGCUUUUAUUAGUUUUCUGACGACUAAGUGACUUUUAAUGGUAGAAGGGAAAAAUGCCUUCAUACAUUCCGAUAAAAAUUGUUCUGCAUGGAAAUAUUGAAUUUUUGUUAUAAAUAAUACAACAGAUGUU